UCGAGUACGCGUCGAUUCUAUGGUUGGUUAUUUCGCGCGGUAUUUCGCCAAAGUGCGUGUAAUCAAAACAGAAAUCCGAGACCAAGAAUACAAAGCUUUUUCUUCAAAAUAGAAAAAGAGCGGAUUUUGUGGGUUUUGUUGCUUAUAUAUAUAUAUAUAUAUAUAUAUGUUGUGUGUGUAACAACAAUACAACACGGAGGAAUUUAAAAAGUGAACGAUUGUAAAUGCAAAAAAAACACAAGUGUAGUUUUUACGUGUAAAAAAGUUUUUCAUUCGAUUCCUGUUGUAAAAACGGACUUUUACUUGUUCGGACUUCUCGCGCUGAUAUACUGGAAGAAAAAUGCAUCUGCCGGAUGGUUUGGCGGAAAUGGACCUUUACUACAGGCGUUUUUUCGAAACCGCCAGAACUUAUCACGGAGAUAUAGUAUCAACGGGUUGUCCCUUCAUUCUAUGCAGCAAGCUGCCGAAUCAUUGGAGAUCAAACAAGUCUCUCCCAACAGCGUUCAAGGUCAUAGUACUAUCCGAAGUCAGCGAUGGCACUCAGGUUACUAUCAGAGCUGGCAAUGACGAAAAUUAUUGUGGCGAGCUGAGAAACUGUACGGCCCAAAUUAAAAAUCAGGUCGCGAAGUUCAACGAUCUGAGAUUUGUUGGCCGUAGUGGAAGAGGGAAAUCAUUUUCGCUGACAAUUCAAGUCGACAGUAUGCCGGUCCAAGUAACUACGUACGGCAAAGCUAUCAAAGUUACAGUAGACGGACCACGCGAACCGAGAUCCAAAUCGAAUUAUCAUUACGGUCCAGGUUUUCCGGGAGUAUAUAGUCCCUGGUUGGAAGGCACGUCGCUUAUUAAUUGGUCGCACUAUGCCGCUUUACUUAAAGGAACGAUGCCGAUACCAGGAACGAUACCGCCACCGCCGCCACCCCCGCCUGUGGAACUGUUCAAUUCGAAUUUCUUGCCGUACAUGUUCGACAGAUACUACGAAUGCACAGGAUUAACAACGACGAAUACGACGGCGGCCGUGAUGACCCCAGUAACCGCGGUCGCACCCCUUUCAGCGAUCAGUCCGUCUAGGACACCGAACAGUCACAGUGAUUCCAGUAGCAAUCACAGUGAGUCGGCAGUCGAUGAAAUACGAAGCGCCUUUGUACCUCUUCGGCUCCACAACCUGCCACCGAGUACGCUCUCGUCUUCGUCGUCGCCGCCCGAAAAGAAUCCAAGAAAGCCGACCGAGGGUGUGAGAAACGAAUUGAAAGCCCCGACCGCGCUCAUCUGCAACAGACAGUCGCCGACUGUCAAAAGGAGUCCGACACCGACCAAGAUAUCGUCGUCGCAGUCGACGAAACCGGUCUGGAGGCCGUACUAAAAAAAAAAAAAAAAGGCCGCGCGCAACAUUACCAUGUUCAAGUUCAGGAAGGCUAGUGAUACACGUUGCCCACGUUGUCGCGAUAGAGUUGACGACGCGAGAGGACCAUUUUACAAAAAAAACUGACGAAAUUUUUCGAAACGCUUGGAUUCGCGCGUUACGUAAAAAAAGUGCAUUCUCUUAAUCUUCGGUUUUACGAAGAAAUCGAUUUCGUCAGUUGGGGAAAAAAUUUGAUGUUCAGAGAAAAACUUGAUUAUA